GAGUCACCAAUUAACCUAACAUGCAUUUUUUUUUUUGGAAUGUGGGAGGAAACCGGAGUACCCAGAGAAAACCCACCACGCACGGGGAGAACAUGCAAACUCCACACACAAAUGAAAGAAUCGAACCCAGACUGUUACUGUGUUGGCCAACAUGCUAACCACUAGACCACCGUGCAGCCUGGGCAAAUAUCCACCUCGCAAAAAGACGUCAUCUUGCUGGCUUCAUAUCUGUACUAUAUACAGUAUAUAACGUGGACACCAGAGGUUAGGGGGUCAAGGUGAAGAAGGAGUUUUAUAGAGUACAGAUGGCUUGUGGGACUCCUGAAGCAGCUGACAGGUACCGGAAGCCCAAGCGGCAUAGAUAGAUACUGUAUUUAUCUCCAAGAGGAAUUCACUAAUGCAGGAAUGGCUUGCAGAUUCUGCGCUGGUUGAAGCAAAGCAUCUCAGGUGGAGGAGGAGUCCGGCAGGCCAUGGAGCACAAUUUUCGUCAAGAGCUUUGGCAGUGGCGGCAACGAUGGCGCCGGCACGUCCUCGGACAGUGACAAUGAGGUCAUGAAGCAGUUUGAGAUCUCGGUGUCACGCUCGCAGAGUUUGCGUAUAAGUCAGCCUAAAGGUGACGACCAGCAGCACCAGCAGCAGCAGCAGCAGCUUCGGCGGGCGCUGAGCCGACAAAAUAAGUUCUCCCGUCUGUCCAAACACGAGGAGGGCAGCACUGAGCCAUCAGACAGUGAAGACAUCCUCCCGCCUGCCGUCUUGGAGGCUCCUGGCGAACAGAACCUCCUGGACUCGCACUCGUCAGCACCCUCUGCGCCAGAAAAACCAGACGGGAUGGAGUCGUUAGCCGCCAUCCAGGAGAGUCCGGUGCACGGAAUGAUCCGACCGAACACAGACGGCAGCGAGGAUGCAGAGACGAGUCAGGACAGGACAGACAGCUCCUCCACAUGGAGCCCUGAGCAAGAGCAGCCACCCCACCAUGACAUCAUCCCUCAGCCAAUAAGCUCCUCCCCCCAAGUGCCAGUCUCCAAAUGUUGUGACCUGGUGGUCUCUCUGGAAUACCGUCCGGCUACGGAGAAGCUGCUGGCCACUGUGGUGGCGGCGCGGGACGUCCCGGACAAGGGUCGCAGCGGAAUGGACUCGUGGCAGGUCCACAUGGUCCUGCUACCCUCCAAGAAGCAACGCCACAAGACCUCCAUGAGGCGGAACUUGCCGAUCUACUUCAACCAGACCUUCAGCUUCCUGCGCGUGGAGCCCUCAGAUCUGCGCAUGUCGGCCCUCAGGUUCCGCAUGUACGCCCUGGAGGGCAGGUUAUCCCGGGAGCGCUUGAUGGGUGAGACUGUGCUGCGCCUAGCGGGGAUCGACUCGGCCGGGGGCACCUUGGAGACCACGCUGGUCCUGGAGCCUCGCAGUAACAUCAAAAGCAUGGACUCGUUGCUGAGCCUGGCGGGCGUGUCCCACAGCGACAGCGCCUCGUCCACACAGUCGCUGACGCACGGUGGUUCCCCCGAGCUGCUGGUGGGCCUCACCUACAAUGCCACUACGGGCCGCAUGUCUGUGGAGCUCAUCAAGGGAAGCCACUUCAGAAACCUGGCGGCCAACAGACCACCAGGUCCGACCCUUGUUGAAGUUCUUCCUGAAGAGCAAGCCUUUCAUUCCGCUCUUCUUCUCCUUUCAGACACGUUCGCUCGCUUGACGCUGCUGAACUCAGUGGGCCAGGAGAUCACGCGCUGCAAAACGUCCUUACGCCGCGGCCAGCCAAACCCUGUCUAUAAGGAGACCUUCGUCUUCCAGGUGGCGCUCUUCCAGCUGUCGGAUGUCACGCUGAUGCUGUCCGUGUACAACCGGCGCAGCUUGAAGCGCAAGGAGAUGGUGGGCUGGGUCGCCCUGGGCCAGAACAGCAGCGGCGAUGAGGAGGAGCUCCACUGGAGGGACAUGAAAGACGGCAAAGGACAGCAGGUGUGUCGCUGGCACGUCCUCCUGGAGGCGUGACGCCACCUGCUGGCCUGGAUGUGCUCUUUUGACACAUCCACUCACCUCCUCGUCACUGCUGAGGUGAAAAGAGCGUUUAUUAAGUUUAUAUUUGUUCGUGUUGACACCGAUUUCAACACUGAUUUUAACAUGUCUCUGUUUGAGUGCUUGUCAUCAACUAAAUCAUUUUCGCUCAAAAACAUUUAUUUUUACACAUAAUGACGCUCACACAAAUUCAUUUGAGGAUGCUUAACUGCCAAUCAAAUAUUUCAUUAAAAAGAGGGCUGAUUUGUUAGCGUUAGCCUAAACCCAGGGUGUCCGGGGGACACUUUCGGCUUUUAUUUUCCAUCUUCUGCAUAUUGUAAAAAUAAAAUGAAUUAUGAAUAAGAUAUAUUAUUUUAUAUGACACUAAUUUGCUUUGUCAGGUAUAACACAAUGCUAACUUGGCUAGCUUAGCAUAUAUUGACCUACAUUUAUUGAUCAAAGUGGCCCUCCUGCAGCCCCCCCUGGGAAAGGUUGGAAAACCCAAGUCUUCUUCUACAGCUAGCUCUUAGCCAGGCAUGCGUUAUUAAUUUAUUCCUUGUCGUUUUUGUUUUAAGUAGAGCGUUGACACUCUCUUGAGAUCGGGGUGUCCAAACUUUAUCCAGUGAGGGUCACAUACAUAAAAAUUAAAGGAUGGGGAGCCACUUUGAUAUGUUUAGUACAUAAAACAUUCUAAAUGCAGUCCAGUGUAUGUCAAGAUAUGCUAACCGAUCUGAAUGAAAUAUUCACAUCUUAGCUUUGUGUGAUAGCUGACAAAGCUAAUUAAAGUAAAAAUUCAUAAUAUAGCUUGUUAAUAAUGAAUUCUGUUUUACGACUGUGCACAGGGCCAAUAAAAAAUGAGCUGCAGGCUGAAAAUUGCUGCCCAGGCCACACUUUGGACACCCCUGUUUUAGAUGCUCGCAGGAUUUUUCCUGCUAAAAUGUUUGACAAAACAUUGCCAGUACAGUGGAUCCCCGCAAAUUCACAGCAUUGACAGAUUCACGAUUUCAACAGUGUUUUCCUCUGAAAAUGGAUCGUUUUUCCCGGAGAAAACACAUCUCAUUCAUCCUAAGUCAGUAAUCAUUCAUAAAUACGUGAUAAACCAGGUAAAAUGCACAGCAUAUACAGUAUGUACCACUGUUAAGAAGACCACAAUUUUUAUAUGCUUCACUCAAUGACGUUUUUUUUCAUCAAGAGCGCUUUGUUCUGGGAUCUUUGAACGCACCGUAGUUGUCGUAAGAUGCAAAAGUGAAACUUCUGUAUAAUUCCAUCUGUUCAUGGAUCAUCUUCCAUUAUCAUUCAUUAGUGUGAGUACCUAUACAUUUUAUACUUUAAAUGUGUUUAAUAAGCACGUGAGGCAUAUUUAGGGCUUAAACCUGGAAUGUGUCACGACUGAAGAAAGAAGGGGAGGGCUCCGGAGCUGAAUCUAAUAAUUACAACAGUCACUUUUAUUGCAAAUGUUGAUCUGAAAUCAAAGCAGGAGGGGUUUUUGGGUGGGUGUCAAAGAUCGUGUGUAAAUUAUGGCUGUCUAAAUGACUUAGGGGCGGUCUUGGAACAGAACCCCCGUGAAAUGCAGGGAUCUGCUGUAUAUUGGUUCGGUGUUUUCAGCCGGUGGGUUGAGUUGAUAACAUUUGUUAGUUGGCAGCUAUGAAUUCACUCUUGUUUCCAAACCUAAUUCAAAGCAAGAAAGGCCAGGUUUUCAGUGGCCCCUCUGGUUGUGCCGUUUGAAUGCGUCGCAUCGUACGUGAAAUGCGAUGUACUGCACUCUCAUGUCUUUUAUGCAUGACUGCAAGUUUGACGUACAGACAAGUCUUGUUUCUAUUUUUGCAAAUGUAUUUUUGAGGGAUUUAUCAGUAAUUUACUCGACAUAUUAGCAUGCAGUUGAGACACAUUUGUAAAAAGUGCCUGCAGGUCUAGGUGAACAUAUCAGUCAAAAUAUGAUGAUUCAUGUAUUUUUUGAAAACAUGAAAGUAUUCCUUAACAAAUGUGCUUUUCUAAUACUGCCAGAUGUUUACAUAUAAACUUGAAAAUUGUCUUUCUAUAAUAAUCAUAAGCAAAAGUAUGAAAUAUUUUACUGAAUUCACUGAAUUUAAUUCAUUUGAGCUUUUUUGCAGAAGGUGUAUCAUUUCAAAGUGUUUCCCCUUAAAAAAAUUAAGCAGCGACUCGUACACUCAACAAAGAUGUAAAGGCAACACUUGUUUUUCCUCCCAUUGUUCAUGUGCUGAACUCAAAGGUCUCCACGCAUCAAAAAUAUAAACUAGGGCUGUCAAAUGAUUACAAUUAUUAAUCAGAUUAAUCACGGUUUUCAAAUGAAUCAAUCAUGAUUAAUCACCAUGUCACACUUAUGCCUGAAAUAUGCCCAUUUUUACCGUAUUUUAUUGAAAGAAGAUAAAUGACAGGGCAGAAUUAUGUAUAUUUGUAUGUAUUAACGGCGCCAAAUUAACUGAAAAUUAAAAUCAAAUUAAGAGAUGGCACACAUGUCUAAAGAUCCUAGCAGUGGUUUCUUUUAAUAGCACAAUAUUUGAAUCAGACUUUAACUGUGUUAUUAUGAGCAGUUGCGUUCAAAGACACGUCAUUUAAGUUGAAUUCACAUGUUUUGAGGGAAUUUUCUGGGAUUUCCAAGCGUACUUAAAUGCAGAAAAUUGUACUUCCGCAUGAAGAAUUACAAAGUGAGUGCUAAGAAUAUCCACUUAGUUUUUCUUUGCAUUUCUGUUUAUUUACACCACACAUGGGCCGCACGGUGGUCUAGUGGUUAGCAUGUUGGUCACACAGUCAGGAGAUCAGGUUCGCAUCUCUGUGUGGAGUUUGCACGUUCUCCCCGUGCGUGCGUUGGUUUUCUCCGGGUACUCCGGUUUCCUCCCACAUUCCAAAAACAUGCAUGUUAGGUUAAUUGGUGACUCUAAAUUGUCCAUAGGUAUGAAUGUGAGUGUGAAUGGUUGUUUGUCUAUAUGUGCCCUGCGAUUGGCUGGUGACCAGUCCAGGGUGUACCCUGCCUCUUGUCUGAAGUCAGCUGGGAUAGGCUCCAGCAUGCCCCCGCGACUCUAAUUAGGAUAAGCGGCAUAGAAAAUGGCACACAAUAAAUGAGGAAGUGUUGUUGCAAUGACGAAUGUGCUAGAGACGUGUUUGUUUGGAGGUGGAGAUACAUAUAUGGUGUUGGAUUUGCACUGCUUUUGAUGUGUUGAGGUCAGAAUAACGUUAUAAAAGAGCGUCAGACUCUCUGGGGAGCUACACUGUGCCGCCGCCGUCUGUCAUAACACAGAGCCAAGGCUUGCCAUGAUGCGUACGCGUUAAUUACGCUAAAACAUGUAACGGAAUUAAGGAAAUUAGCUACCACCGUUAACGCGCUAUUUUUGACAGCCCUAAUAUAAACGCAACACUUCUGUUUGCGCCAAUCCAGAGCAUCCCAAACAUGCUUGCUAACUUCAAAAUGCCAUCAAUAAAAUGCACCUGUGUUUGUUGUCCAUAACAUGUGCGCGUGCCCAUACCAUAACUCCACCGCCACCGUGGGCCACUCUAUCCACAACACAGGUGCAUUUCACCUACCGUAUUGAUGACAUUUUGAAUGCACAGAGAUACUGUGGCAAGAGCCUAAGGCACAAGCAUCACCACCGUCACCAACUGUUGCAGCGUGAUAAUGCAUGACCCCAUGUAGCAAGGAUCUGUAUAGCUGAAACCAUCCAAGCAUGGCCAGCAUACUCACCCGACAUGUCACCCAUUGAGCGUGUUUGGGAUGCUCUGGAUCAGUGUAUAUGCUAUUUGAGGCAAAUGAUCAUCACAGCAGAUACUGACACAUUUUUAAGUGGCCUUUUAUUGUGGCCAACCUAAGGCACACCAAGUAUGAAUGAUGAAUGUUCACCAACACAGAUUUAGAUAUAUUUGUGAACAGUAUUUGGGAGAGAUAUUCCAUUUGUAUACAUAGAAAAGGUUUUAGAUUUUUGAGUUCAGCUCAGAGAUGCUGGCGCCCAUUGUUGUGCCAUUCAUCCACAACCAUCACCUCAUAUUGCAGCAAGAUAAUGCACGGCCCCGUGUUGCCAAGGAUCCUGGAAGCUGAAAACAUCCCAGUGCUUGCAUGGUUAGCAUACUCCCUGGACUUGUCAGCCGUUGAGCAUGUUUGAGCAUGCCACCUUUUGGAGUGGCCUUUUAUUGUGGCCAACCUGUAGCACCUAGGUAGAUGAAUUAUGAAUGCUCACUAACACAGAUUUAGACAAAUUUCUGCACAAUAUUUGAGAGCGAGAGGCCUUUUGUGUACAAAGAAAACACCUUAAGAUCUUUGAGCUCAGCUCAUGAAAAAUGGGAGCGAAGACAAAAGUGUUGUUUGUAUGUUUUUGGGUGUAGGUCCUUCAGUUCAGCUCUGACUCCAGUCCCUGUCUGGGUUCUCGUUGCACCCAGAGAGCACUUUUUUGUACCUUUUAAUUUCCUUCUUGUGGAUGCCAAUAAAGAUUCCCGCUGAGGGAUCAUCUGUCUGCCAUC